GACGUCGGGCAAUGGAAUCUAUGGCAUGUGCUCGAAAGGAAACGGCUAUCUCUCCGACCUUUCUCGCUAUCUUUCUGCAAGGAGCCUGACAUCCUCCCCCACUAAUUACACAGCGACAAUUUUUACAAACUGGACGAAGGAUUAGAGACUAGAUCUAGACAUUUCAGUCGAUAACAUUAAAAUUCCGAACAACCCUUAAAUUUUAGGCGUUACAUUCGACAGCCUGUGCUCCUUCAGUCACACGACCGCGAUAACUGCUAAAGUACAGAGCCGCAACAAAAUCAUCCAAUCGCUUGCCGACAGCUCUUGGGGAAAGGUCAAAGAAACGCUGCUGGCAACUUACAAGGCAAUCGGCCGACCAGUCUUUAACUAUGCUGCUCCAAUAUGGUCGCCUGGAUGUAGUGCAACGCGAACGAAAAAGCUUCAUACUUGUCAAAACAAUGUACUCCGGACUAUCACGGGAUGCCUCUUGAUGUUCCCAAUAGAACAACUGCAUUGUGGGGCCCGUAUGCUUCCGGUUAAGGAACAUAACGAGCUCCUCUUCAAGCAGUUUCUGCUGGGAUAUUUCCGUAGAAACCACACCUGCAAUCGUCUGCUUGAAGCGGAACCGCCCCCUAAGAAAAUCAAAAGGUCCUUUCUUGAUUACGUCGACGACAUUAGACAAUACGCCGACCAGACUUCGGACGCAACGAACUUUAGACAAGCAAUGACCGCCAUUCAUAGUGGAGCCAUCAACACCUUCACCGACUCCCUUUCAGUGAAUGGCAUACUAGGAGUCAAACCACCACCCAUCGCAGACGUAGAGCUCGAGUUGCCUUGUGAAUCUAGAGUGACCUUCGCGCAACUUCGGUCUGGAUACUGUAACAGGUUAAGCUCCUACUUAUCCAGAAUCGACCCCUAUAUACCAAAUAUACACUAACCACUUUUUGCAUGUCCAACGAACCCACUCAUCUAAAACCCAUUUACCUAUGGUCCGACCCUGUCGAAACAUCUCGUUUCCUGGGCCUCCCGUUUGAUGACCUCGACGACAACCAAACUAUAACUUACCACCCAAGCGGGAACUAGAUAACUGUUACAACAACAACAACAAUCGUCAUCGCGCCAUGAUAACCGACUUUUUAAUACCUGAAAUUGAGACUCGUGAUCUCGGCGACAGUUGGUUUCAACAAGAGGGCGCCACUUCCCACACAUUGCAUCAA